UUUUCUAAGGUUGCGCCCAGAGAUCCUAACAGAGAUCCAUCCUUACACAUCCUUUUUGUCUUCUACCUUCGAUCUCAUCACUUCUUCUAUACAAUUACACCAUUUUGUUUAUUGCCUUCUCAAUACACAAGUUGUCAACUGGAAUUUACCACUGGUAACUUCGUGCCAAUACAAACACUUUCCCAUACUUCAAUUUGACUUUCAACUUCCAUCUUCUGCAUGGUCGGUAGAAGACGCAACCGGACCUGGACACUCUAGAAGUUUGACUUCGUCCGUCGUCCACAAUCUGAUUCAUAAUUCUACCUCCAAACUUCUCAAGCUACUUAAUUCUACACACACACACACAUUUACACUUCCCUUACUUUACUUCUAAAUCCGAAUUAUUUUUCUUGUUCGUGGAACUUGGAAAUUCCAAGCUUCUUUUCACCCAUUUUAUUCUCCAAAUACAUUCGCCAUGGCCUCCGUCGACUCUGCCCAGUCGGCAACUCUAGUAGCCACUUCCAACAAGACCAGCCGCCUUUCCCCCCCGCCUCAGUCGAAGCGCGACAAGAAGCGACAAGUCCUGAAUGAUCGUUUAGCGACUUUAUCAGACAAGUUCAGCCGCGAUAAGGAUAAGAACUACCGAGACGAACUCCAUAAGAUCCAAAUCGACGUCAACCUUGUCGGCCGAGUCGACCCUUACGCCGACCGUCCUCUUGAUGCGAUCGAUCGCGAAUACCGCGAGAUACAAGCUGCGAAUGCGCAGCAAGCCGCCAGCGCCCCCACUAAUGGCGAACCCAAGCGAAGCCUGCUAGAAAUGGCAGGCCCUACAUUUUCUGACUGGGUCCACCAGAUUGAGGAUCUUGUUGAACAUCGUGACUACGAAAUGACUUGCCAAAGAGUCGAAUAUGAGAGGAAGCUUCACGAAUACAACAAAACCCGUGCCUACAAAAUCGAAGUAGCGAAGAGAGAACACCGAGCGCUGUCCAACACACUCCGAGAUCGUCUCAUCAACGCUAUUACAUCGAAGAAAUACCGAUUGGGCAAAGAGAAAGAAGCCCUCGAAAUCACCGAUAGUUCCGCUCUCCUCCUACAUCCCAACCAAUUUAGCCUUACCAACCCUGCGAGCCCUGGCGGAACACACAUGAAGCGCAACACUCGAUUGCGAAGAGAGAUGGAGGAUUUGCCCGGUUUCUCGGAGAAUAAGAAGAGAAAGCGCAACGCAGCAGAUGACGAAGGAUCCCCAGUUCCCAAGAGAGGAGCUCUUGACACCGCUAAUACCACGCCUUUCUGGUCGAGCGAGAGAGUAAGAAGCCUGCGCAAAGAGACGGGACCUGUUUACAGCAUAGACAAGCUGUUCACCGAUAAGGAACUCGCAUUGACAUACAACGUCGCGGCUCUCGCAGCCCACAAACACCUUUUGAUCCGCCGCGACACAAACGGCAACAUUAUUACCCCCGACGAGAGUGUCAAUGGCAAUGGCGAUGCCAACGACGACGAGGAUCUUGCUGCUACAAGCAUGGAGCGACAGCCUUCGCACACCACGCGAAGCACCCGAGGCGGUCAUGCCCAGCAGCAAAACUUCUACGACGACCAGCUGAUUGGAAUUGAAGCGUUGGCCAACUUCGAGAUUCCCGGUAAUCUAGAUAAAGUGGCUGGGCAAGAGCCUAGGCUCCCUCCCCUUAUCCAUUCUCAAUAUUCGAAGGCGUACAGACGUGACGAGUCCAACACACCUACCAUCCUAGCCGAAUCCGAUCGAGACAAAGAUUUCAUGGCCAUGAAGCUUCUGAAGGCUUAUGAAAACAAGCAUGGUGUUGGGUCUAAUUUUGACAAUCCAAACGGUGGUCGUCGACUACUUGAGACGAUGUCUACACCGGUGUCUAAGAGCAAAUAUAUUGCUUACAACCAAGGUCCGCGACCUUCCGCGGAAAUAAUAUCAGAGUCACUUGGACUUCAGGAAAGUGACCUAAGAGGCGAACCCACAGGUGCCUCAUCGGACGUUGCUGGAGGUGCCAAAGAUUCCCCGGCAGGAGCAAAAGACUCCCCCUCCGUAUUCAAGGAGGCUACAGGAGGUGUGCCGAUGAGCAGACAGAGUAGCUUGGGAGGUGUUGCGAUGAGCCGAUCAGGAAGCGCACGAGGAAAGCGCAAGGCUUAAUUUCAGAUGGUCAUAAUAUUUACGGAUUGGGUUCAGGGGUACCACGAAAGGAGGAGUAGGGGGUGUGCAUAAGGGUUUUCUGUUUAUACUUGGAUCCCUGCUGGAAUCAUUUACAGCACAUCAUGGCAUAAUGUGGUACAGCGACAUGGUAUGUACCAUCAGGAUUGGCGUUAGGGAUACAUUAGCCUGGCUGGCUUUCCAUGACAUUU